GGACCUGCCUUGCACGGUAUUACCACCAUUCAUGACCAACAACACCCUCUUCAAGAACCCUUUCACAAGGUUUCCCAAACUAUACCCCAUAUACUAUGUGUCUCAGACUACUACUAAUCCAUCAUAUUCACCAAACAAAGAAGAUGAAGCAAAAGAUGGUGAUUAAACUGCAAAUAAAUGACCAGAAGCGUCGCUCCAAAGCCCUCAAGAUUGCAGUCGGUAUUUCAGGAGUGGAGUCAGCGGCUUUACAGGGUGCGGACAAGAACGAUAUAGUGGUAACCGGAGAUGAGGUGGAUGCGGUUGUGCUGACGACGGCACUGAGAAAGGGUAUAGUGUCACGGGCCUAGAGAUUUGGCGCAGCGGCACGGCCCGUGCGGCACCAAGGCGUUGCUUCAGCUCGCGCAAGCGCCCUAGUCAGCCACCACGACCUGCCCUCCCAAGGAUACAUGCUGACUGGUUUCGGCCUGCCAUGGCCUCGUCAGGGGAACGGCUCCAGCUCCCGACCAGUUUGUGCAGGGAUGGCCAACUCCCUUCUUCAUAGUCAAGUCCACGACCAGCGACAAGCACCUCGAACUGAACCGAGUCGACCUGCCUGAACUCUGAAGAGGUACCAUCCUGUGCUCCUGCACGCCCCUUCCCUGGAGCCAUUCCCAGUCAAACUCUGCUCUUUGCCAACCAGCAUGCGUGUCUUCCAUCCUCCAAGCGUCUUAGGAAUCACUUCGUGACAUUCUCCCCCACCUAAAUCCUGCGACGUCCUCGUCGCAGUGCAUCGCUUCACUACUGCGUCAACUCCAUUCCAAAGUCUGCCUCCAUGCGGUAUGCUCGCCUUUCCACCAUCGCUUCCUUGUGCAGCUCCCUGCACUGCACUCGCUCAAUGAUAGGCCUCGGACCAAGGGGACGUCCACUCCUCAAGGACGUGACUCUUCUUCGUCAUACCGCCUCCGCGACAUCCCGAGCAAGCAAUGGCCUCCUGCCGACUUGAUACUCGCCCUUCACCAUGGUUUGCAUCACCCAAGGACUAAGCACGAACUUUGGCGCGCGCGGCCCUCCGACCCUUCAAUGCGCAACUUUAACGGACACCUCUUCCUGGGGAGAUGGAGGCUCUCCCCCCAACUGCAUUGAUUCCUCCUCAUCGACGCAAUUUCAAUGCACCGUCUUCAUUCUCUGACCUCUCCCAGACCGACAAGGGGGCACCCCACCGUGCUUUACCCCAAGUCCUGCUCUGAUACCAUUUGUCAUGGGCCUAGAGAUUUGGCGCAACGGCACGGCCCGUACGGCACCAAGGCGUUGCUUCAGCUCGCGCAAGCGCCCUAGUCAGCCACCACGACCUGCCCUCCCAAGGAUACGUGCUGACUGGUUUCGGCCUGCCAUGGCCUCGUCAGGGGAACGGCUCCAGCUCCCGACCAGUUUGUGCAGGGAUGGCCAACUCCCUUCUUCAUAGUCAAGUCCACGACCAGCGACAAGCACCUCGAACUGAACCGAGUCGACCUGCCUGAACUCUGAAGAGGUACCAUCCUGUGCUCCUGCACGCCCCUUCCCUGGAACCAUUCCCAGUCAAACUCUGCUCUUUGCCAACCAGCAUGCAUGUCUUCCAUCCUCCAAGCGUCUUAGGAAUCACUUCGUGACAAUAGGCUAUGCCGAGCUCGUAAGUGUCGCCGAAAAUAAGAAAGAAGAGGAGAAGAAAGAGACCAAAAAUGAGGCGGUUGUGUAUCCUCCCGUGAUUUGGACCUCUUGCGCCCAAUACCCACCCUACCAAGACCCCAGUUGCUCCAUUAUGUGAUUAAUUGCAUAAAAUGGAGUGGAAUUUGGGUCGGUUUUCUGAGGAAUUUUAUUUGUAGAAGCGAAUUAAUAAUAUUCCCAGUUGCUGAUGCUUGUUUGUGACAACAUAAUUAACAAGUUAUUCCAUGUUUUGUUAUUCAAC